AUGGGGGACUCGGAUGACUGGGGGCAUGAUUACUCAGAAGAGCACGAGUCUUAUCACACCGAGGAGUUCGGUGGACCUGACCCUUAUCUAGCCCCUGGCCACACACACACCAGACCUCCAGCACCCGAGACUUUCCCUCAUGCCGACCCGGCAAUGAGACUUCUCUUUGAGAAGGUCCGGCGCUUGGAGAAUGAGCAGCAGUGCAACCACCAACCCCUCUGGGCGAAGCCACGACCUGGGCCCUUUACCGAACGCAUCCUUAAUUACCACCAGGAAAAGGAAAUCCAGCCCCUCCGCAUCGCCUUCUACACUGGCACAGAGGAUCCCAUCACCCACAUACAUUCUUUCCAGUCUGCCCUAGGGUGCAAAGGCUUAACUGACGAAGGCAUGUGCCUCCUCUUCCCAUCCACUCUCAGCGGUGCAACCCUGAAUUGGUUCUAUAGGCUGAGCCCCCGCACCAUCAAUACAUUUGACAGUCUGAAGCAGGCCUUCCUAGACCAUUUCAUGAUCCAGACUGAUCGCCUCUACUCCGCGGAUGACCUGUACAUGCUUAGGCAGGGUGAGGAUGAGCCCCUUUGGGAGUAUGCAGCCAGGUUCAGCCACGAGUACUCCCGCUGCCCAGAGACCGAUGAUCGUGCCACCUUUGGUGCUUUCAAGAGUGGCCUCCGAGAGUCCAACUUUCGGUACCUAGUGCACACGCGGCCCGGCCACCCCGACAUCACCCUUUCGCUAAUCCCUCACCUGCUUCAGCACCCAACUCAGCCCCGCCUCAACAUUCUACUCCCGCUCCAAGUACCUAGGGUACCCAGCACCCCAAGCGGAAGGAUAACUACCAGCAUACCUUCAACAAUAGCAAGCGGGGCAGACAUAACAACCACCACCAGUCCAGCAGGGGCAACCCACACAGGGCAGGUCAAGUACGCAGUCGUGGCCGUCGACUACUUCACUAAGUGGGCUGAAGCUGAGGCCCUAGCCACCAUCACCGCGGCUCGCAUUGAGACGUUCGUCUGGCAAAAUAUCGUGUGCCGCUUCGGCAUCCCCAACGCCAUCGUCACAGACAACGGCCGGCAAUUUGACAGCGCAAAAUUUAAGCAGUUUUGUUCCAACCUCAAGAUUAAACUUUGCUUUGCUUCCCCAGCCCAUCCUCAGUCUAAUGGCCAGGUCGAAGCCGUAAACAAAAUUAUCAAGAAGACCCUGAAGACCAAGCUUGACAAAGCCAAGGGUUGCUGGCCAGAGCUACUCCCAGAAGUUCUUUGGGCCUACCGCACCACCUUCCGUACCUCAACGGGAGAAACACCGUUCUCUCUUUCCUUUGGUACUGAAGCCGUGGCACCAGUGGAGAUUGGCCAGCCCACAUACCGAACCUCCACUUAUGAGGCCGAGGCCAAUAACGAGCAGUUGGCCCUCAACCUCGACUUCAUUGACGAGCUUUGUGACUAG